GGUAGUUACUGCUGUUGGUAUAUAAAACACCAGCGACUGCCCUCACCGGGUUCUCCUUGACGACCUAACGUUAGACUUUGAAGUUUUUGACAACUUUACUUUUAGUAAUAUCCGGCGAAUUUUUGUCGUACUAAAAAGAACACAGUUUCGCUGUUAUGGCAGAUCAAUUGAAAGCACAGGGAAACGCGGCUUUUGCCAAGAAGGAUUUCGAAACAGCCAUUGAUUUUUUUACUCAGGCCAUUAACGUUGAUCCUAACAACCAUGUUUUGUACUCUAAUCGCUCCGCUAGUUAUGCUUCUCUGAAAAAGUAUGACGACGCACUCAAAGACGCUGAGAAGUGUGUGAGCAUUAAACCCGAUUGGGUCAAGGGAUACUCUCGUAAGGGUGCUGCUUUGCACGGUUUGGGCGAUUUACAGGCCGCCUCUCAAGCUUACCAAAAGGGUUUGGAUAUUGACCCCGAUAACACUCAAUUGAAGAACGGUCUUGCAAGCGUUGAGAACUCCAUGAGAAGCUCGAGUUCCUUCGAUCCCUUUGCUCAGCUGUCGAGCAAGUUGAAUGAUCCUGAACUGCUUCAGAAGAUCUCAGCUAACCCGGAGACCUCUGCUCUCUUGGCUGACCCUGAAUUCAUGCAAAAGUUGGCUAAGAUUCAACAGAACCCACAAUCCCUGCUCCAAGAGCUGAAUGAUCCUCGUGUCGUCAAGCUCUUUGGUGUGCUCAUGGGUAUUGAUCAAAUGGCCAAGGAGACUGGCAACUCCGCCCCCGCGGCUGCAUCGAACGCAUCGUCUACUCCCGCAAAGCCGGCUACCCCCGAACCUACUCCUGCUUCGACGGGUGCUCAAACCGAGGAUGUUUCCAUGGAAGAAUCUACGGAGCCUGAGCAAGACAACGAGAAGCGCGAGAAGGCCGAGAAGAAGGCUGCCGCUGAUGCAGAAAAGCUGAAGGGUAACGAGCACUACAAGAAGCGCGAUUUCCCUGUCGCCAUUGAGCACUACAAGAAGGCCUGGGAAAUGUUUAAGGACAUUACUUACCUCAACAACUUGGCUGCUGCUUAUUACGAGGCUGACGAACUUGACGAGUGUCUGAAGACUUGCCAGAUGGCCGUUGACGAGGGCCGUGAGGCGCGUGCUGACUUCAAGCUUAUUGCCAAGGCUCUUGGCCGCAUGGGUACGGCUUACCAAAAGCAAGGCGAUUUUACGAACGCCAUCGAAUACUUCCAGCGUUCCUUGACCGAGCACCGCAGCCCCGACAUUCUCACCAAGCUGAAGGAAACUGAGAAGGCCAAGGAAAAGGCUGACCGCGAGGCUUAUGUCAACCCUGAGCUUGCGGAGCAAGCUCGUGCAAAGGGUAAUGAGUUGUUCAAGGCUGGUGAUUUCGCUGGCGCUAUCAAGGAGUACACCGAGGUCACCAAGCGUGCUCCCAAUGAUCCUCGUGGCUUCAGCAACCGUGCUGCCGCUUACCUUAAGGUUAUGGCCCCCGCCGAAGCUAUUCGCGACUGCAACACUGCAAUUGGUAUCGAUGCUACCUUUGCCAAGGCGUACCUGCGCAAGGCCCAAGGUCUUUUCAUGUUGAAGGAGUACACCAAGUGUAUUGAUGCUUGCAAUGAGGCCUCUGAGGUUGAUCGCAAGGAGCCCAACACUGGCAAGAACGCUCGUGAAAUCGAAAAGCAGUUGGCUAUGGUUAUGAAUGCUAUGGCUGCUCAACGUCAAAAUGAAACUGAAGAGGAGACUAUGGCUCGUAUUCAAAAGGAUCCAGAAUUGGUUAGCAUCUUGCAAGACCCUGUUAUGCAAACUAUCCUGUCUCAAGCUCGCCAAAAUCCCUCUGCUCUUAUGGAACACAUGAAGAACCCUAGCGUAAAGAGCAAGGUUGAGAAGCUGAUCGCUGCUGGUGUUAUCCGUUUGGGUUAAACGGAACUGUAGCUGUGCUCGCACAAUGCUUCAUUGGUGUUCUGUGGUUGAGCAUUGUUGGUUUUUAAGCUCUGUGUCUUGGAAUAGACGAUUGCAGAUGUUACGACACAAAAGUAAUGACAAUGGCUGCAAACAGCUUAGGAUAAGGAUUCAUUAGAACAUGUUUGCUAAUAGGU